AUGGCGCUCAUCCAGUACGUGAGGGCGAAAAAUGCCGAGCUCGCUCAGGUCUCUACUGUUCAGGACACGGCCAACCAGAGCAACGUUGUCCAGGAGAAAGAGUCUAGCAAGAUGUCUUCUACCGCGGACGUUGACGACACUGCUGGCUUUAUGGCGGCGGCUCGUACUUUCAUGCUAAGCCAGCCUAGUUACACUUCUGAUCUUACCACUUCUACUGUUGCUGCGGAAGAAGCUGCCGGUGAGCAGGACGACGCCUGGAAGAGCGUGAAUGAAUUUACUUGUGCUUCGACCAGCGCUUCUGUCGUUGCAGUUGACGCAGAUGAUGCCGAAUCAGUGUCUAUUGCCAAUGGGGCUGGCUCUGUUGCAGAAACCCCCAAACAUGAAAUCGCAUCCGUCUCGAAUGGUGCCUGCUCCUUCACCGAGGCUGGAGCCUUGGUGGAACAUCCCGACCAGGAAGAAGACCGUGAGAACCUCACAACCUUUGAGACCUGGGGUACUCCCGCUGCCCGUGCAAAGCCUGGUAAGAGCAAGCCUAGCCUAGACCCUCUUCUGAAGUGA